AUGGAGAACGCCUUUCUCCGUACUCCAGCAGAGUUGCUGGAGCACUUCAAGGUAUCGGAGCAGACUGGUCUGUCGCAGAGCGCGGUCUUCCAUUCCAGACAACAGUAUGGACCGAACGCUAUUGCGGAAGAACCCCCGACUCCCAUGUGGGAACUGAUUUUGGAACAAUUCAAGGACCAAUUGGUUCUUAUCCUCCUUGGCUCGGCCGCCGUGUCUUUUGUGCUAGCUCUCUUUGAAGAGAGUGACGAUUGGACCGCAUUUGUGGACCCCGCUGUUAUCCUUACCAUCCUCAUCCUCAAUGCUGUUGUCGGAGUGACCCAAGAAAGUAGCGCCGAAAAGGCAAUUUCAGCUCUCCAGGAAUAUUCCGCCAACGAGGCCAAGGUUAUCCGCGAUGGAAUGACGCGAAAGGUCAAGGCCGAAGAUCUGGUUCCCGGAGACGUGAUUCAAAUUGCUGUCGGUGACCGUGUUCCUGCCGACUGCCGACUGCUCGCCAUUCAGAGCAACAGCUUCCGCGUCGACCAGGCUAUUCUGACUGGUGAGAGCGAAAGUGUUGCAAAGGAGACCCGGGCUAUUAAGGAUGAGCAGGCCGUCAAGCAGGACCAGAUCAACAUGCUUUUCUCUGGUACCACCGUUGUCAACGGCCACGCUACGGCUCUGGUCGUAUUGACCGGUAGCUCGACUGCCAUUGGAGAUAUCCACGAGAGCAUCACUUCCCAGAUCUCCGAGCCGACCCCCUUGAAAAAGAAGCUGAACGACUUCGGUGACAUGCUCGCCAAGGUUAUUACCAUCAUCUGUGUCCUGGUUUGGGUUAUCAACUAUGAGAACUUCAAUGACCCCGCGUUCGGUGGCUGGACUAAGGGAGCUAUCUACUAUCUGAAGAUUGCUGUCUCUCUUGGUGUGGCGGCUAUCCCAGAGGGUCUGGCAGUGGUCAUUACCACCUGUCUGGCUCUGGGUACCCGCAAGAUGGCUCAAAAGAACGCAGUCGUCCGGUCUCUUCCCUCUGUCGAGACCCUUGGCAGCUGCAGCGUGAUUUGCUCUGACAAGACCGGAACCUUGACUACUAACCAGAUGAGCGUCGAGAAGGUUGUUUACCUGACCAGCUCUGGCACUGGAUUCGAGGAAAUUGACGUCGAAGGCACUACUUUCACUCCUGAGGGCAAGCUCACCCAGAAUGGCAAUGUUGUCGAGAACCUGGCCGUUUCUUCAUCGACCGUCGCACAACUGGCCGAGGUUGCUGCCCUUUGCAACGGCGCUACUCUUUCCCACGAUGCCAAGAGCGGAGUCUUCUCCAGCAUCGGUGAGCCCACUGAAGGCGCCCUGCGUACUCUGGUUGAGAAAAUUGGAUCCACCGACAUCGCCUUGAACCAAAAGCUUCGUCGCCUCCCUACAUCCGAAAAAUUGCAUGCCGCCAGCGCUCACUACGAGUCCCGUCUUCCCAUCAAGGCCACCUAUGAGUUCUCCCGUGACCGCAAGAGUAUGUCUGUUCUCGUUGGCGAAGGCGAGGCACAAAAGUUGCUGGUCAAGGGUGCCCCUGAAAGCAUCCUGGACCGUUGCUCGCACGUUAUUCAAGGCGCCAAUGGAUCUCGCGUUCCUGUGACUCAGAACCACUUGAAGCUUCUUUCCGAGGAAGUUGUUGAGUAUGGUAACCGUGGCCUCCGUGUCAUGGCCAUCGCAAGUGUUGACGGUGUCUCUGGAAACCCCCCCCUGAAGAACGCCACCACCACCGAGGACUAUACCAAGCUAGAACAGAACAUGACUCUCAUUGGUCUUGUCGGAAUGUUGGACCCCCCUCGACCUGAGGUUGCCGAUUCUAUCAAGAAGUGCCACGCCGCCGGAAUCCGUGUUAUCGUCAUCACCGGUGAUAACCGCAAUACCGCCGAGUCUAUCUGUCGCUCCAUUGGUGUGUUCGGCGCCGACGAGGAUCUCACGGGCAAGAGCUACACGGGCCGUGAAUUCGACGCUCUUAGUGAAAGUGAACAGGUGCAGGCCGUUCAGGCCGCUUCCCUUUUCUCUCGCACUGAGCCUACCCACAAGUCCAGGCUUGUUGAUCUCCUCCAGUCUUUGAACCACGUCGUCGCUAUGACUGGUGACGGUGUCAAUGACGCCCCCGCUCUCAAGAAGGCUGACAUUGGCGUGGCCAUGGGCACCGGAACCGAUGUGGCCAAGAUGGCCUCUGACAUGGUCUUGGCUGAUGACAACUUCGCUACCAUCACCGUCGCUGUCGAGGAAGGUCGUUCUAUCUACAGCAACACUCAACAGUUCAUCCGUUACCUGAUUUCUUCCAACAUUGGAGAGGUCGUCUCUAUCUUCCUGACUGCUGCCCUUGGAAUGCCCGAGGCUCUGAUUCCCGUUCAACUGUUGUGGGUCAACCUUGUUACCGACGGUCUGCCUGCCACUGCUCUGUCCUUCAACCCUCCGGACCACGAUGUGAUGAAUCGCCCUCCCCGCCGUCGCGACGAGCCCCUUGUUGGCGGCUGGUUGUUGUUCCGCUACAUGGUUGUCGGCAUCUACGUUGGUGCUGCCACCGUCUUUGGUUACGUCUGGUGGUUUGUCUACAACCCCGAUGGACCUGGCAUAUCUUUCUGGCAAUUGUCCCAUUACCACAAGUGUGCCUCUCAGUUCCCCGAGAUUGGCUGCGAAAUGUUCAGCAACGAUAUGGGCAAAUCUGCCUCCACCGUGUCUCUUUCCAUCCUCGUGGUGAUUGAGAUGCUCAACGCCAUGAACGCCCUUUCCUCGAGCGAGUCCCUCCUGACUUUCUUCCUGGGCAACAACCCCAUGCUUAUCUACGCUAUCACUCUGUCCAUGCUCCUUCACUUUGCCAUCCUCUACAUUCCCUUCCUCCAGAACCUGUUCUCGAUUCUGCCCAUGGACUGGAAUGAAUGGCAGGCAGUGUUGGUGAUCAGUGCACCUGUGAUCUUGAUUGACGAGGUCCUUAAGUUGGCCGAGCGUCGUCUUUACAACACGAAAGCCGUCAACCCGGUCGCCCAGAGCGGUACCGUCGGUAAGCCCAAGCGGGCAUAA